CCCCCCCACGCGCGCGCGCCUCCUCCCCACCCGCCAUUGCCGUUGCCGAGCAGAGCGGAGCGGAAGCGGAGGAGGUGCAGGUAGGUAUGAUGGAGCUGCGCAAGUACUGGGGGGUGGGCGGGCGGAGGUGCGGGGCGUGCGAGGCGUCCCCGGCGGCCGUGCACUGCCGGGGCUGCGGCGGGGCGUACCUGUGCACGGCGUGCGACGCGCGGCCCGAGCACGCGCGGGCGGCGCACGAGCGGGUGUGGGUGUGCGAGGUGUGCGAGAUGGCGCCCGCCGCCGUCACCUGCAAGGCCGACGCCGCGGUGCUCUGCGCCGCCUGCGACGCCGACAUCCACGAGGCCAACCCGCUGGCCAGGCGCCACGCGCGCGUCCCCGUCGCGCCCAUCGGCUCGGCGGCCGCCGCCGCGGUGGCCGCCGAGGCCAUGCUGUUCGGCGGCGGGGACGCCGACGUGGUCGACGAGGAGAAGGCGGCGUCGGUCGCCGAGCAGCGGCACGGCGUACUCAACCUUAACGUCGAGGCCAAGGACGUGAAGCUCGACUACCUCUUCUCCGACCUCGACCCCUACCUCAACGUCGAGUUCGCGCGCUUCCCUCACGCCGACAGCGUCGUCCCCAACGGCGGCGGCGGCGCCGCCAUAGAGCUCGACUUCACGUGCGGCCUCGGCGGCGCCAAGCAGUCCUACAGCUCCUACACCGCCACCGACCUCGCUCACAGCGGCUCCUCGUCGGAGGUCGGCGUGGUGCCGGAGGCCAUCUGCUGCGGCGGCGGCGGCGCCAUCGAUCUUGACUUCACCCGGCCGAAGCCUCAGCCCUACCUGCCGUACACCGCGACUCCUCCGAGCCACAGCGUGUCGUCGGUGGAUGUCGGGGUGGUGCCGGAGCCGGGGGAGACCAGGACGGCGGCGCUGGCGCCGGCGGCGAUGGGUGAGGGCCGGGAGGCGAGGCUGAUGAGGUACAGGGAGAAGCGGAAGAACCGCCGCUUCGAGAAGACCAUCCGGUACGCCUCCCGCAAGGCCUACGCCGAGACGCGGCCUCGGAUCAAGGGCCGCUUCGCCAAGCGGACCGACCACGACGCCGACGCCGACGCCGACGACGCCGACGCCGACGUGCCCUCCUCCUACAUGCUCGACUUCGGCUACGGCGUCGUGCCGUCCUUCUGAUCGCCGGCCUACUCCGGCGCGGCGGCGGCGCCGCCAUGUACUUGUGUAAUCCUUGUAUCGAUCGAUCGAUGUGUAGGGGUGUAGUAAUCCCAUGUAGUACUACUACUCCUUUUGAGCUAGCUGCGCACUGCUAGUAAAUGUUACUGCUACCUGUACACUACUGCUAAUUACGUGCUUACUACUGGUAAAUUAUUUUUUUGAUCAGCAAGAUCUAUAUUGUAUUAGCCCCAACGAAUAAAUCGCUACUACUGCUACUUGGUAUUGAUCAAGAUCAAGCUUGUUCAUCAGCUAGGGGAUAAAUUGCUGAUGGAAGAUUUGUUGCUUGAUGACUUUACUUCAUUCAAGUUUAUGCAUGCAUAAGCUUACCACAAAGAAUCAUCUGUUCAAUUUGUUUUUUUUCAAGUGAGGAAUUGUUGAUCA